AUGUGUAAAUUAAAGAUAAUGUCGUGUUUAUUGAUUAUAAUUAUUACUAUAUGCGCCGUAUCUGCUCAAAGUGCGAUUAACUACCAUGACGGCGAUGAUGUAAUGGGGAGAAGGGACAAGGAGAAGAUGAUACUAUUGUCAGAAGAUUUGCUCAAAGAAGCUCUAUUGCGGAUGAGACAGCUUUACGAAAUAAAAAUAGAACACAAAGGUUAUACCCCUUUCCACAUCGGCUUGAUAAUAGGUAAAGUUCGUGAGAAAUUUCUGUACAUGCUGGACUUAUACGAGGAGCUACUGACUAAGAGACAUAAACGAUCGGAGUUGUACCCGCCCGCGGAUAAGGAAUUGAAGCCAAUCCACUACAUCAUCACCUUAGAACUCGUCCAUUACUUAGAACUUGAGAUCGAAAAUCUUCUCCAUGUGCUCGAAGAACAAGCGUUGCCAGGUCUGGCCACAGCAAACCUUCAGAUCGGGGGACCUCCUGACAUGAGGCAGAAGGCAGCAGAGGAGGCUGCAAAACAGAAGAAGGAUUUGAAAAAAAGGAAGCAGGCACAGAAGAAUUCGUUACGACGAUCUGUGAAAGAAGAAAAGGCUAAGAGUAUUCUAAGACAAAAGUACCUGAUGGUGAAACUCGGAAUGCCAUCGAAUAUGACGACAACAAGAAAGCGGUUCUUACACCAAUGGCCUGUGGAGGCAACGUGGAAUUUGGAAAAAUAUAAUUACUAUUAA